AUGCCUCCCAGAAGAAAGAAAACCUCUGCGAAAACUAAUAAGACCACCACGAAACAUAAUACUCCUAUGGAAACGAGAAGUGGAAAUAGAAAUAAUAGAAUAGGCAAGGUCUAUUGGAUAAAUGAGUUUAAUCAACGUAUCGCAUAUAUUGAGUGGUGUAAAGUACGAUUUCCGGGAAAAGAUAAUGCUUUUUUUGAUGAUGAAAUUAAACAAUUUAAACUUUGGAAGAGUGUUAUCAAGGAGUCAUCUGAACGUGACGUAUUAACGAGUAAAGGAAGUUUAGAACAAAGAUUUAACGAUGAAAAAAUUAAAUAUGAUAAAAAAAUUUCUAAACUAGAAGUUAAGUUGGCUGAAAUGAAAAUAGAUUAUGAUGCAAUGCAAUUAGACAAUGAUGAAAAAGAACAAAAAAUUAUUCUCUUAGACAAUGAAAUUGCAUCAUUGUCGGGAGAUGGG